CUGGUUGGUAGCAAGGCCAGAAGGACGGCAACACGAUGGAGAAAGGAGAGGAGAUGGAGGUGGAGAUGGAAACGGUCACGAAGCAGAAGCUGAUUCCAGAACCAUCACUGGAACAUCUUCCCCCAUUGCCUCCCGAACCUGGCUGUUGUCCUUGCUGCGGCGGCUGCUGCGGCUGCUGCGACUGUUGUGGCUGCUGCGAGAGCUUCCCACUGCCCCUGCCUGGCCUCGGAGGGUGCUGCCCUGGAUGCGGAUCCUGCCCUGGAUGCUGCUGCUGCCCCUGUUGUGGUGGCGGCUGCUGCCGGCUGCUCUGCUCCUUGCCCAAGCUCCUCUGCCGCCUGCCCCAGCUGCCCAGCUGCCCCAUCAACAUCAAGCGCUUCCUGAUCAUCCUCAUUGUGGUGGUCGUGGUGGUGGUCAUCAUUGUGGCCGUCCUCCUCAUGGGGCUCUUCGUCACCCAGGGCCACACCCAGGCGGUUUUGCAAAUGACUAUUGAAGGCCAUGGAGGAGAUGACUCGUGGCUAAAUCUGCCCACCGACACAGAAGAAGUGGCCACUUUCGAAGUGGACAAUGGGAUCCGUGGUCCCGCAGCAAUCAUUUAUGACUUUGGCAAGCUCCUCAUUGGUUAUAAACCUUGGCAUGGAGCAGCCUGCUUCCUCACAAAGAUGGAUAAGGAGAACGUUCAAGGUCUGGAUGCUGCUUACAAGGGAUUCCAGAAGGAGGAAAGCAUGAACCUGACCUCUUUGGUGGAUCGAUCCAACUUAGGGACCACGCUGAACAUCCUCUGCAGCCACGUCCCCGUUUUCUGGGCUUAA